AUGGCAACGACAGCGUCGAGUCAGUCACCAUCAGUGCCUCGUUCACAGUCCGGCUCUCGUAAUCCACCUUCGGCCUACGCUACGAAUACUCCUGCCCAAAUCACCAGAGCCCAUUCUACGAGCCAGCGAACGACCUCAUCCUCCAGUCGGCAUCAUCGAUCAGGCUCUCGAGCAUAUUCACAGGACAUGCCCACCACGCCAAACUCCGUAGGCCUUGUCAAUGUUGCUAGACGCGAUUUUGAAGAUCCAAACCUACCACGGCCACAGUCCUCGCGUCGCAGCUCUCGUGAUGGACGCCGAAACGACGGUGCCGCCGAUUCGCGUCACGGCCGAACCUCGAGCAGGCCGAAUUCAAGACGAAACAGCCAGGACUUUAGCGCAGCCUCUGCCUCAGCCAACGGUACACCCGCCCUCGCACCCACUGCCUCGAACAAUCCUCCUCCCUACGCUGGUCAGACUGCACCAUACCAGAGCACCGGACGUCGACGAACGUCGAUUACUUGCGCUUCUGGCACCUGGGGUUUGGGCAAGACAAUCGGACAAGGUAGCAUGGGUAAAGUGAAACUGGCCAAAAACCUGGAAAGUGGUGAGACCGCCGCCAUCAAGAUUGUGCCACGACAGACGCUCGACGAGCACGGCAAUCCCAAAGAUGAACGAGCUGAUCGCUCCAAAGAAGUUCGCACUGCCAGAGAGGCUGCGCUGGUGUCUUUGCUUUACCACCCAUAUAUCUGCAAGAUGGUUGAUGUGCAAAAGACCAACUACCAUUGGUAUAUGCUGUUCGAGUACGUCAACGGUGGGCAGAUGCUCGACUACAUCAUUGCACACGGCCGUCUGAAGGAGAAGCAGGCACGCAAAUUCGGCCGGCAAAUCGCCAGCGCCCUGGAUUACUGUCAUCGCAACAAUGUUGUCCAUCGUGAUCUGAAGAUCGAGAACAUUCUCAUCAGUAAGAACGGUGAUAUCAAGAUCAUCGAUUUCGGUCUGAGCAAUCUCUUCGCUCCGCGCUCACUGCUCAAGACGUUCUGUGGCAGUCUCUACUUCGCAGCACCCGAGCUGCUUCAGGCAAGACAGUACACAGGGCCGGAAGUCGAUGUAUGGAGUUUCGGCAUCGUUCUCUACGUGCUAGUAUGCGGCAAAGUGCCAUUCGAUGAUCAGAGCAUGCCUCAAUUGCAUGCAAAGAUCAAACGCGGUGUCGUUGACUAUCCACAGUGGCUAACAGCUGAAUGCAGAAGCAUAAUAUCACGCAUGCUCGUCGUUGAUCCCAAGGAUCGGGCUACCCUCCAUGAGAUACUCAACCAUCCUUGGAUGACCAAAGGCUUCAACACUGCGCCCGAAAAUUUCUUACCACAGAGAGAGCCGUUGCAGCUUCCUCUUGACCCUCUGGUAGUAGAAAAGAUGCAAGGCUUCGACUUCGGCUCCACUGCCUACAUUACUGAACAGCUGACCAACAUUCUGUCUUCCGACGAAUAUCAGACUGCUGUGCGGCGGUACUAUCGAGACGAGCCGACCAACGCGCCCUCGGGUGGCGAGAAAAAGCGAGGGAUGUUCGACUUUUAUCGUCGGCGCAAUUCAAUAAGCCGAGAAGGUCUGACCACACCGUCUACCGAAGCCAUCCGUGGUUACGAUCCCAUCAAUGCAUACAGUCCACUGAUCUCUAUCUACUAUUUGGCACGAGAGAAGCUGGAACAAGAGAAGCGAGACCCCAACCCUGGUGCUCUGGGAACAUCAUCCACGGCGCCGGAGGCAGCGAACGGUGCAGCACCGCUGACGUCGCCCGAAGCGGUCUACACGAACACAUACUCUCCAGAGAUCCCGGGAGAACGCGUCACAGGUGGGCGAUCCCGACCGAGGGCUCGCACAAAUGGAGAAGACGAUCAGCCAUCUUCCAAGGCCGCAGAACAGCUUCCGUCUAGACCACAGCAAUCUCCCGCGAUCAACACUCCCACCACUGGCGAUCAGCCAGUAAAGAAGGAAGGCACUGCACUCGGUCUGUUGAGGCGCUUUAGCACACGCCGUGUUCGCGAUCGCGACACUGAUCGACCUACACCUCCAACUCUCAACAUUCAGCCACCGCCAGACAGUGCAACAGCGCCUCGGAAGUCGUUCUCUGUUCGUCGUUCUCGGCGUCGCGAAGGUUCUCCAGCUACCGGGACGCAUCAUGCCGGCGGCAGUCAGCCUCAGCACGAAGGUCUUCUGAGUGCAGGCACCAACAAAGCCCGGAACUUCCUCGGCCGGUCCACGAGCGUUAAUUCUGCGGACUACCGGCCGAGGCGACUGCUGCAACGGAUGACAAACGACGACUCUCCUCUACUCAACCCAGAGCCCCCACAGACCAGCGGAUCUGAUCACUCUAGUCACAGUGCCCAGAAGACAGGCAAGAGUGUCCAGCUGACUGACCCGCCUGAGAGCAGCAAUCUCGGCGACCCGCCAAAGCCUACUGCGGCUCGGACUAAGUCUCUGGGUCACGCAAGACAAGAGAGUAUCCAAGCUCGCCGGAAGAGAUGGGAAGACAGCCGAAGAGACCGCCACGAAAAUGUGCCUGAGGAAACGGACGCAGAGCUGCGAGACGAGGCCGAUGGUCUUGACACUCCUGCCUUGCCUGAAACACCGGGUACUGCGGUCACCAAGCCGGCUGGUCUCAAGGGCUUGUUCUCAACAUCGACAACCAGCAGCAAAGCACCCGAAUUCAUACGUCAAGAUCUAAUCCGUGUGCUGAAGCAACUGGGUGUGGAGCAUACGCCGAUUCGUGGAGGCUUUUCUUGCCGACAUGCGCCCAGCAUCAACCUCGACGAUGUUCGUGAUGUUGAAGAGGAGAAGAGCGGGCGCGUACAAGGUGCCAGUGGCCAUCAACGCCGUAUCUCCUUUGGCGGUGCAUUCCGUGGUAAAGACCGCGAAGACCUUCGGGACGAAAAGGGUCUUCGACGUGGCGCAUCUCGCAGACGCCAUCCCGACCAGAGUUUUGUGACGAACUCGGAAGGCUCGGAGGAAUAUCUGCACACAAGACGAGAAGAUGGUGGGCGAGAUGCUGGUGCCACUACUACACGUGUCCAAGACGAUACCGGUGAGCGGCUAGUGCUGAAGUUUGAGAUCGCUAUCGUCAAGAUCCCAUUGCUUUCGUUACAUGGCAUUCAGUUCAAGAAGGUCCAAGGCGGGAUGAAUCAGUAUCGGUCGAUGACUGGCACAAUUUUGAAUUCAUUGAGGUUGUAA